AUGGCCUCGUCGCCCGCGAGCAGCUACGACUGCUCCUUCAAGGUCCUGCUCAUCGGGGACUCGGCCGUCGGCAAGAGCAGCCUCCUCGUCAGCUUCGUCUCCGCGGCCCACAUCGACGACGACAUCGCGCCAACCAUAGGGGUGGAUUUUAAAAUCAAAUUUCUCAGUGUGGGUGGGAAGAAACUGAAACUGACAAUAUGGGACACUGCCGGCCAGGAGAGGUUCAGAACAAUUACCAGCUCUUAUUACAGGGGUGCUCAUGGGAUUAUUCUAGUUUAUGACGUUACAAAAAGGGAGAGUUUCGCAAAUUUGGCUGAUGUGUGGACCAAGGAAAUAGAGUUACACUCAACAAAUAAGGAAUGCGUCAAAAUGCUUGUUGGAAAUAAAGUGGACAAGGAUGAGGAUAGAAUGGUGACAAAAGAAGAAGGUCUUGCAUUUGCACAAGAAUGUGGAUGUCUCUUUGUCGAGAGUAGUGCUAAAACAAGAGAAAACGUGGAGAAAUGUUUUGAAGAGCUUGCGUUAAAGAUUCUUGAAGUUCCCAGUCUCGUGGAGGAAGGUUCUUCGGUUGUUAAGAGGAACACUCUGAAACAGAAGCAGGAGAAUGCAAGCCAAAGUGGAGGAUGCUGUCAGUAG